CUUAUUCGUUGAUUCGGACUUGUAAUUUUCGUGUGCAGAGAUGUCUAAAACAUGGCAUUGUUUACUAUUUUACGUAGAUUCCCCACCAGAAAUUUGAGUUGCAAUACCAUUUUGGUUGCAAUCGAUAGUAAAAAUCUUCGCUCAGUGUCGUACAUAGUUGCUACCAGAAAAAGAUGUUACGCCAAGCCAGCAAAUGAUGAGAAUUUUAGGAACAUGACCAAGGCGGAGUGGGAAGAGAGACUGACGCGUCAACAGUUUUUGGUCUGCAGGGAGCAGUGCACAGAGCCUCCUUUCAGUGGCCAGUAUAACACCCACUAUGAUCCAGGCAUAUACCACUGUGUGUGCUGUGGAGCAGAGCUCUUCAGUUCCAAGGACAAAUUUAAUUCUGGGACAGGUUGGCCAUCAUUUAAAGCUGCAUUCAAGAGUGAUAAGGGACAAAAUGUCAUUGAACGGCAAGACAACAGUCAUGGAAUGUUAAGAAUUGAAGUAAUCUGCAGAAAGUGUGACUCCCACUUAGGGCAUGUUUUUGACGAUGGUCCUGAACCGAGUGGAAAGCGUUACUGCAUUAACAGCGUGGCACUUAAAUUCACUCUUGAAUCUCAAUAACUUGUGAACAUUGAAAUUCUGGUUGUUUGUUUUUUAGAUAACCCUUGAAUAAAUGUCUGUUUCAUG